AUUCUUUCUCCAUCAUUUGAGCUUAUCUGCCUAUUUCUGUUGACUUUUGUUAUGGUUCGUGAACAAUAGUCAGAAAUCAGAUACAUGGGGCAGCUAUUGCAUCCGAAUCUAGUGAAACUGAUUGGUUACUGCUUGGAGGAUGACCAUCGACUUCUGGUCUAUGAGUUUGUGCCCAAUGGCAGCUUGGAGAAUCGUCUAUUUGGAAGGGAUUCUCACAUUCGACCACUCUCUUGGAAUCUCCGUAUGAAAGUUGCCCUUGGUGCUGCUAAGUGUCUGGCAUUUCUUCAUGAUAAGGCAGAUGUCAUACAUGGAGAUUUUAGAACUUCGAAUAUCCUGCUUGAUUCAAACUAUAAUGCGAAACUAUGUGAUUUAGGUUUCGCUAAGGAUGGGCCAAUAGAUAAAAGCCAUGUCACUACAAGGGUCUUGGGUGGGGGUGAUGGCCUAGGGUAUGCAGCACCCGAAUACGCCCAGUCAGGUCAUAUUAGCAAAAAAAGUGAUAUAUACAGUUUCGGGGUUGUUCUCCUUGAAAUGUUAUCUGGAAGACGAGCAAUAGAAUGGAACAGGCAAUCUGGACCAAUACAUCUAGGUAUGUGGGCAAUAUGCAUUACUGACAGACGCAAACUUUCCCAAAUUUUGAAUCCUGCCAUUUUAGGUGAGCAUUCGGGAAGCAGUGCAUUAAAAGUAGCUCAACUUGCAUACGAAUGCGUAUCAGGGGAGCCAAAAUUUCGGCCAGACAUAAAAGAUGUGGUUAAAAUUCUGGAAAACCUUCAGGACAAUGUGGUAUGCAAAUCAAGCAAUGGUUCUAAAUAAUGGAAACGUUGUUUUCUGUCUUAAGACCAACUUUUUCUCCUGUUCUGUGAGCGCGUGUGUAUAUAUAUGUGAUACAUAGUAAUGUUGUGUAUAUAUAUGUGAUACAUAGUAAUGUUGUCUGGAAAACUUUUAUUGUUGGCUUUCGUUCUUAAAAAAUAAAAAUUAUUGAAAUUCA